GAAAGAGGCUAGGACAUUUCAGUCGGUUCCUGAAAAAGAAUAACUCGCUGAGCUCUUUUGUUAGAUACAAUUAUCAUACCUGUCGAAGAUUUGUGUGCAUGUUCACUACGUUACGGUGUUUUUGUCACGCUGUAUGAAGGAAGUAUGGCAGAACUGAAGGAAGUACGGCAGAACUGACUUGGAGAUGGAGUUUUUUCUGGCGAAAGGCGCGAUUACUGAUCAGAAGGUUAAUGUUAUUGUAAACUAUGUCCUGUCGGAUGUACGACUGACUGCGCCAGACAAACGGCCUGACUUUAUACAUCGAGUUGGCUCGAUGGAAUAUUGCCCCCGACUUCUUGCGUGGUCAGAGCAAGCUAAGGAUAUGAUAGGUACAUCUAUUACAAAAUGCCUUGAAAGGACAGAAGCAAACAACCUAUCCUCUGUUGCUUUUCCCACACACGCUAUGGCACAACUUCAAUAUCCAGCAACUGACGUGGCAGAAAUCGUCUUUAAAACAAUCAUAGAGUUCGCGAAAAGAAAUCCACGCCAUGUGAAAAAAGUUGUACUCGUUGUUCUGGAUUCCGAUAUGGAUUUCAUCAAGGCAUUUCAGAAUGAACGACUGAAGCAUUUGUUUGACACAAAUAUUCAGCUUAAUUCAAAACUGGACCAUACAAUUGUUCCUCCAGAGCAUGCAUAUCAUGGAUUUCCAAGACUGGGUGUUUCUUAUGUUGAGGGGAGUAUCGUGGAACAGAAUGCAGAUGUGAUAGUGAAUUCAACCAAUACUACACUCAAUUUGACAGAAGGAGAUAUAAGCCAAGCAAUACUUUCUGCAGCUGGACCAGACAUCGUAAAGGAAUGUCAAAGAUAUUCAAAUGGGAUCAACGACUGGGGCAUUGCUGUCACUAGUGGAGGCAAAAUAAACUGCAAGAAGAUUUAUCAUACAAGUCUUGUGCAAGCCCCAUGGUUUUCCAUUGAACAGAUUGAACGCGUUCAGAACAAGACCGUGUAUGAUCAAUAUUGUAUAAUGAAACGUCGUUUCGACGAGAAGAACCCAACACUGCAAAACGAGCGAAAACUUUGGCAUGGGACAUCGUCUGACUCUACCAAUAGCAUAAACACAUAUGGAUUUAACAGAAGCUAUUGUGGCAAAAAUGCAACUGUAUAUGGCAAAGGGGCGUACUUUGCUACCGAAUCAUCCUACUCUGCAGGAGACACAUAUUCGCCGCCCGACAGCGAGGGAUAA